UCUCUGUCAAGUACAGAGGCUGGAACUCAUACGCUUGGGGUUUUAGACACCUUUAAUGUAACAUACCACACAGAGGAAAAGGUAUUUUGGGACUGUACACUACUACGGUGAGGACCUUGCCUGUGACUUGGCAUUGCAACAUAAACUAAGACCCAGUGUUGGAUUAUGGAGGGGAACCUGACACACGUGCCGGGCAGAGGUGGCUCCGAGGAUGUGUUGGUGGAUUACAUGUCACCAACAUCCAACUCCUCUGCAGACUAUGAAUAUCCCUUCUUCUACACAGAACUGGACAUCAGCUGUGAUCUCGAAAAUAUUCCAGCAUUUGCAUCUACCUUUUUUCCAGUGCUGUACUCCCUACUGUUUGUGACUGGCCUCGUGGGAAAUGCUUUGGUCGUUUUGGUCCUAACAGUCUUCAAGAAAGUCAGGGCCAUGACUGAUGUGUAUCUGCUGAACCUCGCCAUCUCUGACCUCCUCUUUGUUUUCUCCCUCCCCUUCUUGGUUCAGUACUCCAUCGUGGGCCAGUGGACUUUUGGAAAUGCAAUGUGUAAAAUCAUCAGCUCAGCUUACUUCAUUGGUUUCUACAGCAGUGCCUUCUUAAUAACUAUCAUGAGUGUUGACAGGUACUUGGCCAUUGUCCAGUCUGUCUACGCUCUGCGGGUUCGGACAACUGUCCAUGGGGUUAUCACCAGCCUGGCCCUUUGGGUAGUUGCCAUUUUAGCGUCAAUGCCAGACCUAAUUUUUUUCCAGGAAAUAAAUGACGAUAACCAGACUAAGUGCACCCCUCACUAUCCCGACAGCAACGUCUGGAAGACUGUCAGUAAUUUUGAAGUCAAUGUACUGGGGUGGCUGAUCCCUGCUUGUGUCCUCAUUUUCUGCUACUACAACAUCUUGAAAAACCUGCAGAAGUGCCAUACUCAGAACAAGUACAAAGCAAUGAAACUGGUUUUUAUCGUCGUCAUUGUGUUCUUCCUCUUCUGGACCCCCAUCAACAUUGUGCUUUUUCUGGACUCUCUGAGAUACAUGUACAUCAUCGAUGACUGCCAGACAAGCCAAAGGCUAGACCUAGCCAUGGAGCUGGCUGAGGCCCUCUCCUUCGUCCACUGCUGCCUCAACCCAGUCAUCUAUGCUUUUGUGGGUGAGAAAUUCAAGAAGCACCUCCACGAAGCUUUCGGAAAAUAUGCACGUUUUCUGUUGAUCUGCAAAGACUACAGUGCCGUCGAUGGGCGCAGGCCAGACAAGCAGUCCUCUCUGCACAUGACAUCUUCAAAGUCAUCUUCUGUUGCCACUGUCCUGUAGAGCUAUAAGUCAAAAACUUUCAUCCUGAACAGGUGACCUGAAGUUGAGAAGUCCUCCCAGCCGGGCAUCCACAGGGAUGCAGUGUUUGGGCAGCCUUUUAGGACAGGAAAAAUGGGAACAGCUGCUUGAGCUUGCUUUGAUCAUAGUUGCCUCUGGGUUUUUUAACUUUUUAGUGUCGUUUUUUAGCAUCUUCCUCCCUUUCCCUUGGCAUGUCCUGCUCUGCCUGCUUUGUGAAAGAGAGGCCAAAAUCACCAGCAGACUCCUGCACUGCCUGAGCAGCGUGGAGGGGUGCCUUAGAAACAUUCCUCCCCACCCCCCCCAGCCCCCCACCCCCCCACCCCCCCAGUCAGUGCUGAAAGGAACUGAUUUUGUUUCCAAAGUCGGGACACUUGACUUCUCCUUCCCUCAUUUCAGCAGAGUGGAUUGGCUUUGUAGGCAGGGACCAGGCUCUCAGCAGGAGUGGGAACCCACUCUUCAGAGUGAAACGGUGCCCAAGUUUGAGGCAUCAUGCCAGGGCAUGGCUCCCGGCUGACAGGUCUGAACAAGGCUUCUAGCCCAGCGAGAGCUUAGUGAGUGAACAAUUAGAUAAGCAACACAGAAAUAAAUGCUGUGCAUGUGUUUUGUUGAAGUCAAUGUGGAGGGAUAUCUAGGUAUUAUCCUAUCUUCUCAUCUGCUACCAGAGCCUGUGCCUCCUGGGCUGGAAGGGUUUGGAAGUGGUAGCCUAGAAAUGACACUGUGGGUGUCAAGGAAAUACCCUUAGGGGAAUGAACGAGUGCCCUAGGUAUGAGUGUAGAAAUAGUUACUAGGAAAAAAAGGCUGAAGAAUGGAAAAAGUACUGAGUGUGAGCUGAGAGUGCGGUGAGUCCUAUGUCAAAGCUUCUUGCUGGCUGGUUAGCCACCAGCCAGGGUGGUGGCUGCUCUCAGCAAAGCCCUGACCUGCUGGCCAAGGGGCUAGUUUUUCUGUGGAAGCCCUAAAAACAGGGGUAAUACACCAAGCAUCCUGUAACUCAGGUGGUAUCUAAAGUGGAUGGCACCGGCUGGUUUGAGGCCAGAGGCUCCAGAGAUGCCUAAAACCCAGAUGACACUCACACUUCCCCAUGAGGGAACUUUUUACAGACUUUUAGCAACCAAUGUGCCAGUAUAGUCGCUGCUCUUGAGCGUACGGCUGGGGUUGACCUCCCAGUUACUGUUCCAACUCGGUAAGUGUGAAUGAUUGAUUUAUAUAUGAAUGGUUACCCAUGCAUAUAUGUAUAGAUGUACACAUAAAUACAUGUAUAUACAUGGACAUGUGUGUAUAUAUACACAAAUAUAUACACAAGCAUGUAUGUGCAUCUAUAUUUUUUUCAUAUAUAUACACAUAUACAUAUACAUAUAUAUACACAAAAAUAUUGAUAGAUAAAUGCAAUGGUGUUCUAAAGCUUUUACUCCUGAUCUAUUUCUCCCUACAAGUUAUCAUUAUGUCUGAAGUUUUAUAAUAAAGUUACUGCAUGCAGUGUAA